AUGAGCGACAGCGAUAAGCAAAUGUUGGAGUUAUUGGAGGAGUGGUCGACGUUAUUCAUAGAUAACGCAAAGUACCAGAGGUUGAUUUGCAAGGAAUGUAUGGUGGGGGUGACAGUGGGGUUUAUAGGGAAGCAUUUGAAGAAGAAGCACGGGGUUAAGAUGGAUAUGGCAAACAAGGUCGAGAAGCAUAUACGUGCAAGUCAUUGGGGUUGGGUGGAUUGUUUAGGGUUGAAGCCGGAGGAUGGAAAGCGUGCACAGGAAGGGUUGGACGUGUUUGAUGGAAUCAGAUGCAAAUUUUGCCGCAAUUUCAAUUCGAGGUCAGUAGUGGAGGUGGAAGAGCAUUGGAAGUUGAUGGGGCAUGGAGAGAUGAAAGGAUGUUCGAUAGAGGCAGUACCAAUGCAGUCGUGGGUUGGUCGGGAGGGCAAGCGUCCGGAAUUAUGGGUUGUGGAGAAGGAAGAGCGGGAGAAGGAUUGCCAGGUUCAGAAGGGGCACACAGAAGAGUUUGGCGAUUGGCAGUUGGAGAUAAUCAAGGAGGGAUUGAAAAGGGUUGGGUUGGGAGACGAAUGGGUAGUUGCGUAG